AUUGAAAACAAGCCCAAACCCAACUUUUCUCAAGGCACUGUUGGACCCUGUGCCGGAACUUUGGUGAAAUUUCACGGGGCGCAAGCCCUUCAAAUUCUACAACGCGCGCAUCCGAGCCUGCCAAAACUCAUCGUCCUUCCACGGCAUCUGCAACUCUCUCUCUGGAGAACUCUGUCCGCUCGUUCUCCCUCUUAUUUUUCUCAAUCACUCUUUCUCAAGUCAAGGUUCCACCCUAAAGCCAGAGCUCCUUUUUUUGCCGUUUCAAGCCCACUGUGUCAACUGCAAACCGGGUGAACAUACCAGCACUACAGUUUAUCAAACAGGACUCCCAGCUUUCUGGCCACCAAUUUUCACUUUCCUUCCCAGCUUUCGGGCUACCAAUUUUCACUUUCCUCCCUGUUCUAGGAAAUUCAGCAUCAUGGAUUCUCCUAGGGAAUCUGCAGAGAAAGUUAUCAAGUGAGUUAAGCAUGGCGACUGAAUCAGAGGGGGAGGAUGAGGGAAAGCUUCCCGGAAUCCUUAAUUUGGUGGUCGAUGAUGAUCUAAGAGAAAUGGCGAAGAAGGCGGCCUGGAGUGUGAGCUCUUGUAAGCCUGGCAACGGCGUCCACUUCCUUAGAGAUGAUAAUUUAGAGACUUACUGGCAGUCUGAUGGUGCUCAGCCACAUUUAGUGAAUAUUCAAUUCCAGAGAAAAGUGAAGUUGCAGUUACUCGUACUCUAUGUAGAUUUCAAGCUUGAUGAAAGCUACACACCAAGCAAGAUUUCUGUUCGCGCUGGUGAUGGUUUCCAUAACUUAAAGGAGAUAAAAAUGGUGGAACUUAGGAAGCCAAUUGGAUGGGUCUCCAUAGCGUUAUCUGGCACUGAUCCUCGGGAGACAUUCAUCAACACAUUCAUGCUGCAGCUUGCAGUGUUGUCGAAUCACUUGAAUGGAAGGGACACACAUAUACGCCAGAUUAGAGUUUAUGGACCUCGACCGAACCCAGUUCCUCACCAACCAUUUCAAUUUACUUCCAAGGAAUUUACCAUGUACUCCUCAAUACGAUGAACUCCAUUUGUGUUUCUGUUUCACUCCACACAAUGUUAGCUUUCUUUUAAUAGUUUAGUCACCCUAACUGAGGCAUUAUCUUCAUAAUGUUACUAGUCCUUUACAAGUAUCCUUUCUUUGCAUUUUUUAAAAUCAUGCUUAUCAAUUUCUGUAUAAUAGGUCUUCCUCAAAAAAACAAAAUCUGUAUAAUAGGGGUCCGGGUUGGUUAUGUUGUUUGCUGAACUGAUUUAAUGAAUUAAGCUUGUGCUUGUCAAACAAAGAAGUUUUGCUUCACCAUAUAGCUGAAAAAAAAAAAGAUUAUGGAAUUUGUCUAGCUCAUUUAGGGCACAAAAGUGUCAUUCACAUCAUUUGUAGGUGACAUUUCUUGGAGAUGCUACAUUUUUCAUGAAAAUAGAUUCGAGAGCAAUGUCAUCCCUCGUGGUGGUUAAUAAUACAAGUGUACCAUAAAAUAGCUCAUUUGAGGAUAUUUCCUGUAGUGCCAAGAGGAUUCUAGUGUUCCUUGUGUAAGCCAUGUUAUGGAGAAAUAACGUAAGGUAAUGACUUUAUCUAUUGCACUUCCACUGAUGAGAGUGUUGGUUAUACUUAGGAGAUUAAGAGAAAUUGGUUGGAAAGAUAGUUGUAAAUCUAAGAAAGGAGGCCUAGGUUUCAGAAAUUAGAAGGCACGAACUUAUCCCUAAUUGGUAAAUUGAGUUGGAAUCUUGCUUGUUCAUUGUCCUCCAUGGAGACCGUUCUAGUGGAGGGAGGAAUAUAUCAAAGAAAAUGAGAUUUGAGAAAUUAUCGCUUGCCAAAGGCCAUUCUUGGGUUUGGUAGAGUAGUACCACAUCUUGGGACUUGCUUUAAACAUGUGAAAAUGGCUUCUUGGUAAUGUUUAGCACCUGUUCUUUUGGUAGGGGCUUAAGUGAAGGGGGCUUGCGAAUUUUUUGGAAAAUUCAUUGGCAUUGGGGCUGGUUUUGGAAGAUACUAUUGUAAUUAUGGCCCUUUCAAGGCCUUAAAUCCAAGAUUCCUUUGCUCAGUGGGAUUGAGUGAACCUGAUUCUAGGUGCUUGGCUCAUUGGGGCAUAUAAUCAUAUACCCCAAGUACAUAGGGCAAUGAUAUUCAUCGAUGAGAGAGAGAGAGAGAGAGAUUGCUUACAAAGGUGUGAGGAUCACCUUUGAGUUAGGGAUAUCCCUAGAUUGUAUGCCUCAUGGAUGAUGUGCUGGCCAGAGCUAAGAGAAACAAGAAGAGCUUAGAACCUGAGUGCCUUAAGUGUGAUGUUUCUAUAUAGGAUGGUCAUAACUCAUGGGACAUGAGUCCAUACCGUGACACAAUACUACCCCAUGGCAUGUCCACCCAUAGUCACAUGGGAAGCCAAUCUUUUAAUCAGUAAUCCAACUAGGAAGAACUAGUGCACAUGUGCCUUGAGAGGACCUCUGUAUAUGAGUAUUUAUAUGACCCUAGGGGUGCACCUGUAAUCCACUAACACCCGAGAAUGAUGGGACAUUGUUUGGGGUGACUUUGAUAAAGCCACAUUAUAUGUCCUGCUAUAGAUUGUGGAGCAUAAGCUUGUCGAGUCAUUAUGAGAGAAUGGACUAUCCUUCUAGAGUAGCCCAGUGGAGUACUCUAGUAACCUAGAUUUCAAGCCUAGAGAUCUCAUUUGCCAUUUGGUCAUUUUAUUUUGAUGCAACAAUGAGUAUUUAUGAUCGAAAAUGAUUUAUGGAUUUUUGAGAAUUUUUUAAAUUUUUUGAAUUUUUUUAGGAACAUGAAAAGGGAGUUUUUAACUUUGUAUUGCCCAAAUUCCAAACAAGGACAGCUAGUGGGGUGACUUAGAUGCCACCCAAGUGGUCAUAGGGACGACAUGUGACACCGCCAUAGGCCCACCUAGGGCUAAUGUCAUGAUAACGUUAAACCCAUAUGGAGGUCCUUCCUUGUUAUUUGCUGAUUUGUUAAAUUAAGUUAUAAAGUUUUAAAUGAGUAAAAUGUUUUGUAAGUUGACUUAAUUAGUCACAUGUGUUUUUGGUACACGUGUAAUCUUAUUCACAUGUGCUUAGGAUUUUGGGCAUGCUACGAAAUUUUGGCUUAAACCUUAAUCCAUGAGAGAAGUGAAUUUUUUGAAGUGGCUUUUUGUGUGGCAUCACCUUAUUGGCUUAAGCCCAUGUGAAUUUCAUGAAAUGACUUCAUCCCAUUGGAUGAAAGCAAGAUAUUUUCAAAAUUAUUUGAGGGGCAUGCCCCUACUUAUUCAUUCCUUAUUUAAUUUCAAAAUUCACCAUGGGCACUUUUGGAAUUGAGAAAUCACAUUUGUGAAAAAAUUUUCUCUACAAAAGACAAUUUGGUAAAAUGGCUAAUCUAGGGUUUCUUUAAGGAAUGAUAACGGUGUGAAAUCUUAUCCUUUGAUGUUGAUGGGUAGACAAGUAUGAGUGGCUCGGAUCAAAGCCCUCUCAUGUGCCAUAGAUGAUGAGCAUCAAGGGCCAUGAUCUAUUCAGUUCACUUGAAUUGCCUCCUCCCCCUCCCACUCCCACGCCUUAUUCUCUACACACUUGAGAACUUAUUUUAGAGAGGGCAGAGAGCUGCACGCCCCCCAUGGUGCUUUCUUGUUCCUUGUUCCAUCCUGUGGUGAGUUUUGCUCAGCAUAGCCAUUGAAGCUUCCUCUCAUGGUGUCUAGGACUUGAGGUAACUUCCAUAGCUUCAUUCCUUUAUUUUCUAGAAUAAUUUGAUCAUCUUCUUCUUGCUUGUAAGUUCUAUUUUACAAUAGCCUCUUCAUACUUGUACGCUUGAGUAUUCAUAAAUCUUAAGCCCCUCGUGAAACUAUGCAUUUAUAUCAUGAUAUGUGCAUAGUCUGGUUCAAUACUUUACACCUAGACACCAUCUUCUUGUUUUUCAUCACCUAAUUUUUUUGUUAGAUUUCUUUUAGCAUAUCAGCAAACAUUUGUGUGUAUCUGAGUACCAUUUUGUUGGCCCUUGAUCCUUUAUUUCCUUAAGUCUAUGGCCAUAUCCACUCAUAUAGUUCAAGUUUUUUGUAACUGACUUUUGCUCACUAUUUUGAACAUCAAAAGUUUCUCAGUUUCAUUUUAAAGUUAAUCUAGUGCAUUUCAAGUGUGGAUAAGCUUCGCAUUUGAAAAGUGAGAUCAGCCAUUGUGAUAUGAGCUAUCCUUGCCUUCAUCCGUGCCCCGAUGAGGUUCACUUGUGUGACCCAGGCACAAAGCGUUCGACCAUCUGCAUCCCACUAUUAUUUUGCACUUAGUUUAUGUAACUAUGAGUUCAUUUGUGUUUUAUGUGAUUAAGAGUUGGUUAUGUAAAGUUUGAGGUUGGUUUAUGUGAAAGUGAAAAAUGUAUGUGCAGUCUAUGUAAAAGUGUAUGUGCUAAGUGAUAUAAUUUUCUUCUAUGAGUACUAUGUGUUUGUUUUUA